CUCAUAAUAUGAUGGCUGUGAAUUCUCUUGCGGGGCAACCAUCCGUAUAUGCGAAAAUCUUGGGGAUGUUUCCACAGAACCUGUCGUUCGCAUUUGCUUAUGGUUCAGGCGUUAUGAAGCAAAGUGGAGCCAGUCGCAAGUCAAAAAAUAUGAUUGAUCUUAUUUUUGCUGUGGAUAGUUCAUCCCUUUGGCAUGCAGAAAAUAUACGAAGAAACCCGAAACAUUAUUCUCAUUUAAAGUGGUUCGGACACAAUUUUGUCGCCAAUUUCCAAGAACACUGGGGAGCUAGGGUGUAUUUCAAUACUUUAGUGCCAGUGGAAGGUGAAGAUGUAGUGAUAAAGUAUGGGAUUAUAUCUCGUCAAGCAAUGGAAACUGACUUGUUGGACUGGUGUGAUUUGUAUGUUGCAGGACGCCUCCAUAAGCCAGUUGUAAUAUUAAAACAAGCUACAAACUCCCAUUUGCGCUCAGCAUUGCAUCAAAAUCUGUACAGUGCUGUCCACGCUGCUUUACUCAUUCUUCCAGAAACAUUUACGGAAACUGAUUUUUAUCGGUGUAUUGCUGGAUUGUCGUAUUCUGGUGACUUUCGUAUGACAUUUGGGGAAGACAAGAAUAAAGUUGUCAACAUAGUUGCCCCGCAAGUGGAAGCUUUCAGGAGCCUUUAUGCACCUGUUGUAAAAUCCCUUCAAGAUUACAUGCAUAUGCCAGUUCUAGUGGGUGAAGGCGAAUGCUGUUGCCAGGAUAUUAGCCCAAGUGCCCGAAUGUAUCAUCUUAAUCAGCUUCCCAGAACGCCCCAAAGAGCAGUAGUGAGAUUUUGGAAUACUAGGGGUCCACGCCGCCUUCGUCAGGAUACCGAAGAUACUUUAAGAGCCAUUUCUCAUGACCCUGAAUGUGGGAACGUAGUAGAAACUUGCAUACGGGACAUUGUAUGGAAUUCCAGUGUAAAACAAAGUGUAAAGGGCAUUGCCACAGCAGGUCUAAUAAAAUCCAUCGUUUACAGUUGGAAAAAAAUUAAAAAAAUGUUGAAGGCAAGUUCUUGGAAGUCUAAGGAUUAAAGAUUAACGAUUGUCAAAUAUGUCGUACUUUGUUAACAAGGGCUGUAGGCAGUAUAAUUGUUAUGUACAAGUUAAAGUGCUUGUAGUAUUUUCAAAUUGUAUUACGAAUUCAAGCGCAAACAUUAUGCUACAAGAUUACAGCUAUGAAGUUCUUGCCAGUCAUUGUCAGGACACUGAGACAAAGAAACAUGUCCAACUUCAUUGGACCAGCACUGCCACCACAUCUGAAGAUUUCAAGGAAAAAUUCAGAUGACAAAAAUGAGUGUAAUGAUGAUGAUGUCGUAACAGGUGAUGUUUCUGAUGAAGAGUACCGUGAGGAUGCUCCAAGUGAGCAACCUGUAGUCUCGGAAGACAUGUAUGGUCCAGCAUUACCACCUGGCUUCAAGCCUCGGGUGGUAGGUCCAGCUGCAACAGUUACCAUUUCUAUGGCAGAGCAGUCAUCUACACCGCCUGAUUCCAUAAACAAGAGCUCAGAUGAUGAGGAUGGUGAUGUGGUAGGGCCAAUGCCUGCCAGUGAUAUAUCAGCUCAAGUUACACAGCAAUUACAACAGCAGCUAGAGAGCCGGGCUCACAGAAUGAAGGAAAAACUUUCUGGCAAGGAAGAGGACCAAAAACAGAAACGUGAAGCCUGGAUGCUUGAACUUCCUCCUGAGAAAGCUAAUCAGUUUGGCCUGGGACCACGGCAGUUUCGGGCACGAGCUGCGCCAAAUACAGGAGAUCGCUCAGUGUGGACAGACACACCAGAAGACAGAGAAAGAAAGGCAUCACAUCAGCCAGUUGCACCAACAGACAGUCUAAAGCAGAAGGCUUUGAAACAACGUGACCAGGAAAUAGAAAAACUGACUGAAGGAUAUUCAAAGAAAAGACAAAAGGAAUCGUUAUUGGAGUCUCAUCAAAAGAAGCUGAAAAGUGAAAAGAAAAAAAACAGUGACAGUAAGCAAGAACGGAGGCCAUUUGACAGAAAUGUUGACCUGCAGGCAAACAGAUUUGAUGAGGCACAAAAGAAGGCAAUUUUCAAGAAAGCUCAAUUAUUAAAUGAUAGGUUUUCUAGUGGUGAAAGCAAAUACCUUUGAGCAAUGCUCUUAGAAAGUGUGCAGAUUUUUUGAAUCACAAAAGUACAAAUGUGUAGGAAUAUUUAUGAACUAAUUUUAAAAUGAUUUAUUUUUGUCACUAAUCUUACCAAGUGGAAACUUUAUGAGUGGACAAUUGUACUUGAAAAAAAUUCUCAUAGUAAGUGAAGAAUCAUAUGUAAUGUUAAGUGAGAGACUAUUUUCUUAUUUUAUUUUUCCAAUGAAAAUGAGAGGUUCUAAGUUGUUUUCAUUGUAAUAUACUGACUGUUUGCCACCUUAUUUUUUCAAGUGGUGGUUAUGGUUAUGGUACUGUGUGUUCCAUUUAUAUGUUCCAGUAAAACUAUUUUUAACUUGUUGAAAUAAAAUGUUAAUAAGUGAUUUUUUUUAAAUUACAGAUUAGUUUUCAGAUAUUAAUAACAUUUUAUUUGUUGAGUGAUACCAUUAAUCACACAUGUAAAAACUGAUCUGCUGUGUUUGGUAUUGUAGCGUAUAUAUCUUUGCACAUGUACAAUUUCAUAAUUUUAACAUGUAUUAUAAUAAUACAGCCCUUGUCAAAGUA